ACCACGUCUUUCUCUCCGAACCCCUCUCUCUUAAAAAGCCUCCAAACACCACAGUUGCCCCUAUUUUCUUUAGUGUCAAGGAGAGUUUCAGUUCAGAACCCACAAAAAAUUUCACUCGAUCCGACCCGUUUUUCUAAUCAGUACUGAGUGCUUCCACCGAUUCCGAAACCGGGUUUUGUUUAGCUCUUCCAUUGAUUCACUUUUGAUUGAUCUAAUGGAUUUGUAUUUUGGAACUGGUGUCAAUGAUUUUCUUGUUCCAAGAGAUAGUGAACUAUUCGAUAGGCUUCCAUCCCCAGAGGAUUGGCUGCGGUGGGGAGGGACUGAAUCAGAAAGUUUUGGGUCAAUGAACAAUAUGACUGUGGAUGAACCGAGCUGUAAGGGUAGAAAUCUGUGUAAUGAUGUUGAUGCGGAAAUUCCAGGCACUAAGGUGGAGAAUUAUAGUGUUCCAAGCAGACCGGGAACAUUAUCAGAAGGUUCCCUUCAGCAAAACACUUUUUCACAUGAUUUGCUAGAAUACCAGCUCAAUGACCUGGCAGAAAUUGAUCACGUGGAUGACAUUUUCUUGAGUUCCUUUCUUGACGAGGGUCUGCCUGCCAUGGAAAACCUUCAUGGAUCAUUUGGCUUUUCUCCUGGCUACCAAUACAGUCCAACGGCAACUGAUGAUCCGUCAAUCAACACAGUUUCAGAUUCACAGAGUGUCUCAAGCAAUUUGUAUGGGUUAGGGGGCUCAAAAUAUCUCAAAGCAGAUGAUUUUUCAAUAUCACUAGGCAAGGAGAAGGAAGAAUGCUCACCCUCACAUUCCACUCCUUGCAAGUUGGGGCAAAAGAAGGGUUGCUCAAAAUUAGAGGCGCCAAUGAUCAAGAUUCCUGUCCCAACUACACAAAAUGGAGAAAUGGGUGAGGAAACUUCACUGGAAGAAUCUGUGCUGCUGGAACUUGAAGGAGCAAUGGCAAAGUUGACCCAGAAAACGCGGAUUUGCUUUCGUGAUGCAUUGUACCGACUUGCCAAGAACUCAGAAGAAAAGCAAACAGUAACCCAGAGCCAAAGUGGAGAAUUUACCGUUGAAAAGUCGUUGCCACCGGUGGAUGAAACAUCGAGGUCAGGAGCUCAAAGACCCAUGGAAUCAGUGACCAACACCAUUGACAGGGCCAUCGCGAAUCUCAUGUUCGAUAACGUGGAUGCCAAUGCUCAAAAUCUUGACCCAGCAGCAUUGGUAAACUUCGAAGGAGAAUCAAUCGACCCUGCAAGUGUACGAAGCAAUGGUAAGGUUCCCAAUCCCAUGCUUGGCAGAGCAAACCCGCGGAGAACAAGGAAUGUGCUUGGAGAUUUUCAAGUUUGGGUGCAGUGAACAUGAAAUAAGAAGUCGGAUCUGGUGCAAGAAUUUGGGCCUAGCUAGGAUGAGUUAGGGAUCUUUGUAGCAGAGUUGAAAGGAGGAGGUAAGGGCAUGGAUCCAUGAAAUAAAGUAUGGUACAUAGAAAACAAAUUCUCCUUUGAAUUUAUUUGCCUACUAAUCUAAUAUUCUAAUGUAUUUGGGUAGCAUGCAUCAUAUGCACUCAUUGGCCGCAAGGCCUUCGGUUUUGAUCAGUGGUUAGAUUAGAAGGGUGAAUUUUGGAUUUGCAUUGGGUGUUUUGUUGUAGUUGCACAGAGGAAUGCAGGGAACUGACCAGCUUGAUUCGAAA